AUGUACAGUGAGAACUCGAAGUCAGUAAUUUCAGGGCAUUCUUUGUUCUCCAGAAGUGAACUUCAAGAAAUCAGAAAGCAAGAUGAGGAGGUUAUAUUGCCACCAAAGGACUGUGAUCUUUUCACAGGGAAAUGGGUUUUUGAUAAUGCGACUCACCCUUUGUACAAAGAGGAAGAGUGUGAGUUUCUCUCUAGGCAAGUGACUUGUUUGAGGAAUGGAAGGCAAGAUUCUCUGUACCAGAAUUGGAGAUGGCAACCCAGAGAUUGUUCUUUGCCCAAUUUCAAAGCAAAAUUAUUGCUUGAGAAACUUCGUGGAAAGAGGCUUAUGUUUGUUGGAGAUUCAUUAAAUCGGAACCAGUGGGAAUCCAUGGUUUGCCUGCUUCAAUCUGGUGUUCCUUUGGCCAAGAAGAGCCUCAGCGAUUCUGGCACUGUGUCGAUUUUCAGGAUUCAGGACUACAAUACUACGGUUGAGUUUUAUUGGGCACCAUUUUUAGUGGAAUCGAAUUCAGAUGAUCCAUUGAAGCACAGUAUAUUAGACCGCAUUAUCAUGCCAGAAUCAAUUGAGAAGCAUGGGGACAAGUGGAAAGGUGCGGACUACCUGAUUUUCAACACGUACAUAUGGUGGAUGAACUCCGUUAAUAUGAAAGUCUUAAAGCAAGGAACAUUUGAUGAAGGUGCAACAGAAUAUGAUGAGAUCGAGCGGACAGCAGCUUUUGGAAGAGUUCUGAGGACAUGGGCUAAGUGGGUUGAAGAAAAUGUAGAUCCUAAUUUAACUUCUGUCUACUUCAUCAGCAUGUCCCCUAUGCAUUUCAGGAGCUUGGAUUGGAACAACCCUGAUGGGAUAAAGUGUUCUAAGGAGACUGCCCCAGUUCUCAAUAUGACUACCCAGGUGAACGUAGGCACCGAUAGCCGGCUACUUGUGAUUGAAGCAAAUGUGACUCAAUCGAUGAAAGUGCCUGUGUACUUGCUUAACAUCACCACCCUCUCGGAGUACAGAAAAGAUGCGCAUACCUCAAUCUACACCACUCGUCAAGGACAGCUGCUCACAGAAGAACAGCAAGCCAACCCAAAAAUCUAUGCAGAUUAUGGAUUAAUGGAUGUAAGUUCGACUCAUUUGCCUCAUAUUCUGCAUGCUGCCAAGGAUGCAUCUGACACCACCAGCUUAUUUGGACGUGUUGCUUCUGUCCCUCAAGUGGCAAAUGGGGACAGAGGUCCUGUCGGUGGAUCACUUCAUAAAUGCGACACCAUGCCCCAUAACUUUGGUAGGGAUGUCCAAGAACUAUUCAAAGGGAUCUUACUAGAACCAGUUCAAGAAAAUAGGAAGAUUGAUGAUGUCAGGCUCUCAGCAAAAGGUAGUGAAGGGAAUGUAAAUACGAAGCUGGUUUCUGUUGAAGGAGAUCAUGAAGAUGAAACUGUGGUGGUACCAACAAAAGAGUGUGAUAUCUUCUUAGGAGAGUGGGUUCUUGAUAACUUGACUCAUCCUUUAUAUAAAGAAGAAGACUGUGAGUUUCUGACAGAUUCAAUGACUUGCAUCAAAAAUGGAAGGAAGGAUUCAAUGUAUCAAAGCUGGAGAUGGCAGCCCAGAGAUUGCUCUUUGCCCAAGUUCAAAUCAAAGUUGUUGCUGGAGAAACUUAGAGGCAAGAGGCUUAUGUUUGUUGGAGAUUCAUUGAAUCAUCAGCAAUGGGAAUCUACGAUUUGUCUGGUUCAAUCUGUGAUUCCUCCAGAGAAGAAGAGUUUGUCAAGCAAUUCAAGUUUUCUCACUGUCUUCAAAGUUGAGGACUACAAUGCUACCAUAGAGUUUUACUGGGCACCCUUUUUGGUCGAGUCCAAUUCAGAUGCUGUAUCAUAUAGGAAUGGCCUUUCAGACCGCAUCAUCAUGCCUGAAUCAAUCUCAAAACAUGGAGAUAACUGGAAGAAUGUCGAUUACCUUGUAUUCAACACAUAUAUUUGGUGGAUGACGUCCACUUAUGCCAAAGUAUUACGAGGAGGAUCAUUUGGUGAAGGCCUCUUGGAGUAUGACGAAGUUGAGUUGCCAAUAGCGUAUGAGAGAGUUUUGAGGACGUGGGCCAAAUGGGUGGAGGAAAAUGUUGAUCCCAAGCAUUCCUCUGUUUUCUUCAGCAGCAUGUCUCCUACCCAUGUCAAGAGCUUGGAUUGGGACAAUCCCGAUGGGAUAAAGUGUGCUCAUGAAACUAAACCAAUCCUAAACAAGUCCAAGCCAUUGGAUGUGGGAACGAACCGACAACUUUUUGCGAUUGCGGUGAAUGUGAGUCGUUCAAUGAAAGUGCCUGUCAAUUUCCUCAAUAUAACCACGCUGUCCGAAUAUAGGAAAGAUGCACACACGUCCAUUUACACUGCUGUUGAAGGCAAGUUACUCUCUCCGGAGCAAAAGUCUGACCCACUCAAUUAUGCUGAUUGUUUGCACUGGUGUCUGCCUGGACUGCCUGAUACAUGGAACGAGCUGCUCUACACAUAUAUCGUCUCUCGCACUUGA